GAGGCCUCCGAGUUUUUUAACGAGCAGAUGUUCUACACCACUAGCGCUGCCGGUUUCAGUGCCCAUACCCGCAGCGAGUCGGCGCCAGAGCUUGCGUUGAAUUUUUCCUUGUUUGAUCCUUCCUCUGCCAUGAUGAGUCUCGACCCAGUGGCUGAGACCGCCAACUACGAGGCUUUAUACUCUGACACGGCACUCGACAAUGUCAGCUUGCACGAGACGUUGGCGCACAUGCCUCAGACCGCGCAUAUGCACCCGGAGUUGACACGGUUAAACACUGAGUUGCGCGUGGUGAGUAACUAUAAUAUGCCAUAACUUUCAUCUAUACAUGCCUUGGCCGCUAGAGCUGGGCCUACAUUUUCAGGGGGUUGUUUGUUUUCUUUCGUUUCAUUCGUUUUUUCUUUUGGUGUCUGUUUAUAGUAAGCUAUCAUUUCUUAUGUUUG